AUGCACCAGCACCGGCACGACAACGCCAUCCCCAACUGCCACGGGACCAUCUCCGAGUGCGUCUUCUGCUGCGUCUUCCUGACGGCCUUCUCGUCGGCCGUGGUGAUGGACUCGUCCCCGACGUACAACGCGGUCGGCGCCCGCCACCACCCGGCGUCCGUCUACACGUCCUCGGCGUGCGACGACUGCGCGGCUCGCAAACUCGCCGAGCAGGCGAACAGCGCCGAGUACAGGUACGCCCGCAUCGAGCUCAUCAAGCAGCAGAUACUGAAGAAACUCCGCCUCAAAGAACCUCCCAACGUGAGGAUACCGCGGUCCGUGCUGCCCUCCGUGCUCGCUGACAAAGAUCUCCUGCCGGCACCGGCGACGCCGGCAGCAGACGACGAAAGGAACUCUCGAACCCGGGAGGACUUCUACGGCACCAUGCAGACGGCUGUCAUCUUUCCGCAAAACGUCUUACAACAAGGGGAACCGGAACCGGAGAACCGGCACAAGGGCGAGGCCCCCACCGUCUCGGCCAGUGACGUCAAACAGAGGACCACGAGCAGCGGCGCUGGAUACGUGAGGCAAACGCCACUCAUGCGGAGACGAAUGCACGGAAACUCCAUCGACACUCCGGGAAGCCAGAUGAGGCCCGCCCGCCCGAACGAAGGAUCGGCUGGAGAUACUGAGUACGAGAACAACGUGGACGCCAUCCUGGGCGAAGACGCCGACCUGUCUCGGCAGCAGCAGCAUCGCAACGUCGGCGCCAGCCAGUUGUCUCGCUCGGCAAGUCACAAGCGGGCUUCGCAAAGCGGCGCUGAAGCAGCCGACGGUUGGCAGGGUGACGACCCAGGUCCGGCUGCGACGUCGUGGGAAGGCGACCGGCAGCGUUCCUGGCAAGAGGACGACCCUUGGUCCGAGGAUGCCCCAUACCCGUCGGACAAGCAGCGUAGGCGCCGUGGACCGGCCACCGAGGCCGGCGGAGAGGGAAGCCGCUACGAGCCUCCUCUCAACACGAUCGCCAUGACAACCGUGGCCACCACCGGCGACUGCUUUGAGUUGGUGGUGGGAGUCGGUGCCGGCUCCAGGAAUGACGUCGCGGCCGUGCCAGCAGCUCUCCUGCUCGAGGACGGGCCGUUGCGUCCAGGACGAACGAACGGGCAAGCGUGCGAGUGCGCAUGCGCUCUCGGCUACACGGGCGCCUUCUGCGACCAAGAAGUGGACCUGCGACGUCCCCGCUUUUCCGGUUCGUCGUACCUGGCCCUGCCGACGCUGCGGGACGCGCACAAGUCGAUGCAGAUCACGCUCCAGUUCCGGCCGGAGACUCACGACGCGCUGCUCCUCUACUCCGGAGAGACGGCGGAGCUCCAGGGAGACUACUUCGCCAUCCUGCUAUCCAAGGGCUUCGUCGAGUUCAGGUUCGACUGUGGCAUGGGUCCUGGAACACUGCGCAGCGAUCAGCCGGUGCUGCUCAACGCCUGGAACACGCUCACAGUGUACAGGGACCGAUGGGACGCUUGGAUGCAGCUGAACAGCGGCCACCAGGUUCAAGGACGUUCCAAAGGCCUGUUCUCGAGGAUAACUCUUCGGCUGAACGUCUACCUCGGCGGGUCUCCCAACGCGAGCCUCGCUGCCGGCAGGCUGGGCGUCAGGGAAGGAUUAGUGGGCUGCAUUCGACAUCUGGAGAUUAACGGGCGCCGCUACGACUUCCGGUCCACGUCGCUACGAGGCGACGCCAUUGAAGGCCUCGACGUUGAUGAAUGUGGCGGUGACGGAUGCAGUGGAGUGAGCUGUCAAAACGGCGGCCAGUGCAUCGCCAAUGGAGUGGAACAGGGUGUAUGCCUCUGUGCCUUGGGCUUCGCGGGAGCCUCAUGUGAAACACCUGUGGAGAUCGUGGUGCCAUCUUUUAAUGGGUCGUCCUACCUCCGGUUUCCCGGACUGGGCUAUGACCAUUUGUCAUUCCUGGAUGUCCAGCUGGUCAUGAAGCCUCUGUCACCGCACGGCGUCUUCUUCUACAACGGAGCCAAGAUGGACGGCACGGGAGAUUUUGCGUCGCUCCAAAUGGCCGACGGUCACGUCGAGUUCCGUUUCGACCUCUCUACCGGCACAGCAGUACUCAGGAGUCCGUUCUCGGUGGCCCUCGGUGAGUGGCACAUGGUGAAGGCCUCCCGCACCGGUCGACUCGGAACCCUGAAGAUCGACGGCCAACCCAGGGUGGAGGCCCACUCGCCGGGUGCAUUCACACAGCUCUCGCUUCCUCUGAACCUUUACCUGGGCGGCGUGCCGGACCCUAAGGAGACGGCAGUCGGUGCCGACAUUAUGCAGUCCUUCGUUGGCUGUGUACAAAGGCUCACCAUCAACAACCGGCCAGUGCGGCUGAUGCAAGAGGCCCUGUCAGGAGUGAACGUGGAGAACUGUGUUCACCCUUGCGUCACGGGCCCCUGUUACAAUGGCGGUGCCUGUCAGCCACGCAUGGAUCUGUACGCCUGUCACUGCAAGCUCGGCUAUGCCGGAUCCAACUGCCAGAAUGAGGUUAAGGAGGCCAUUGCAGAACCAAUGAUGGGUGGAGCCAGCUACCUACAUUACACAUCAGAUGACAUCAUGCGAAGGAUACGUGGCGACCAAUUGGACGUUGUCCUGGCCUUUCGGUCAUUCUCAAGUCACGGCCUGCUGUUUUGGGCCGGAGACUCUAGCCAACAGAACCGUGGUACCCUGUACUCGCCAUCGGACUAUCUGUCGUUGGGUCUGGAGAAAGGUCUACUGACAUUACGCUUCAACCUUGGUUCCGGUGAGGCGCAGCUCUGCUGGAACACUACGCGGGUUGACGACGGCCGCUGGCAUCGUGCAGCUCUGAGCCGAAGUCGUCAGCUGGCUACACUGGGUCUCGACGGGACAUCACCCGUGGCAGUGACGUCCCCAGGACGACUGAGGCAGCUGAACGUGCGCAGCGGACUUUACAUUGGUGGCAUUGGCGACGUUGCCCACGUGACCAGAGGGCGCUACAAAUCGGGCCUGGUCGGUUGCAUUGCCAAUCUUACCCUCGCCAGUAACUACCACGUCCGGCUGGUCUCACAUGCUGCAACAGGCAUCAAUGUACAACCCUGCCUUUGAGCACAAGGCGACGCACCGCACGUACAGCCCCCUGCAUAAGUAUGACCAGGCUCAGUGAACAGCGCACCAGGUAGCCCCAGAGAUCCGUUGUGCCCACACUUUCAUUUUGCCACUAGAACUGAUGCGUUAUGCGAGCGCUCUCUAGGUGGGUGACGUGACAGUAGUAGGCUGAAGCAUCAAGCAAGACAUCAUUGUUCUGUCUAAAAUAAAGUAUGCACUGAAGGUCAAAUGCUAUGACAACUCUGUCCGUCAUAGCCUAAUUUAGAAACCCGCUAGUCGACAUACUUAGCUUUCUUUUCAUUCCACAACGCGCCAGGAGCAAUGUCUUCAUUGCCAGAUUCCCCGGGGACCAUUAAGAAGCGACGCUUGGGCUACCCUGGCUGCGACAAAGAAGACAGAACAGAAGCUCUGAAACUAUGGAUAACACGUGCGAAAAUCCUGAAUCUGCCUGCAACGGACGCUGCCGUGACAGCUUUUGCGACGCCUAGAAACUACGCAAGUGCCCACGCUACCAUUCUAACCCAAAUGUUACUCUCCAACGUCGCGCCUUACGUGCUCUACCCGUGACAUCACAAAGUAUGGCCACAAGUAGUCGGACACUACGUGACAAUGACGUC